GAGCACCGGGGAGGAGACACCGGAGAGGAGACCCCGCUUCCCUGCUUCUUUCACCGGGGAGCAGUCUGUGUGACACCGCCUCGCUCAUGGAGGAGGCGACGUAGAGUCACGUAAACACACCCGGCGACUUUCUCCAUUCACUCCGAGGUGCUUUUAUCGGCGAACUUAAUAAGUUAAACUCGGCAAAAUGCCGUCACCACAAGUCCUCCAGCCGGUCCUCAAAAUGAAGGUUGACGAGCUCUUCCUCAACUGGUUGAGUGAUCCUGCAUCCCAGUCACUACUUAAAGAUUACCUUGACCUAAUUAAACGCGGACAAAACAUUGAUCUGAACGGCGGAGAUGACCAGGACAAAGGGUCACUGAGCUUCAAGGAGAACAACAACGUGGCAUCCCAAAGGAACCUGGCAGAGAAGAGGCCCGCUGCCCUCAGCACCCCCUCCAGCCCUCCGCCUGCCAGUACCCUGCCCUCUGGCAGCAGCAGUAACACCAGGGUGACAGGACCCAAUGGCAGAGUACUACGGAGGUCUGUCAGCACAAAAAAGGCCCAGGUGAGGACAGAGGAGCCCGUCACCACAGCGCUCAGCGAAAGCAUUCCAAAGUUUUACUUCCCACUAGGCCGACCCCAGGCCAACCUCAACAUCGACAGCCUCAUUUCCAAAAUUGAGAAAAUAUUUUCCCAAUUCCCAAAUGAAAGGGCCACCAUUGAGGACAUGGGGCAGGUUGCCAAGGCCUGUGAGUGCCCCGUCUACUGGAAAGUGCCAUUGUUCAACUCCGCUGGAGGCGACAGGACGGGCUUCGUGUCCGUUCACAAAUUCGUGGCUAUGUGGAGAAAAAUUCUGCAGACCUGUCACAAUGACGCGUCUAAAUUCGUGCACCUCUUGGCCAAGCCUGGCUGCAAUUACCUGGAACAAGACGACUUUAUUCCAUUCCUGCAGGAUGUGGUGAACACUCAUGCAGGCCUGGCUUUUCUGAAGGACGCAACGGACUUUCACUCACGAUACAUUACCACGGUGGUUCAGAGGAUAUUUUACAAUGUGAACCGGUCAUGGAAUGGAAAAAUAACAGGUCAUGAGCUCAGGAAAAGUAACUUUCUUCAGAAUGUGAUGUUGCUGGAGCAGGAAGAAGACGUGAACCAGCUGACAGAGUAUUUCUCCUAUGAACAUUUCUACGUUAUCUACUGCAAAUUCUGGGAGCUAGACACAGACCAUGACCUCAACAUAGACCAGAAGGACAUGGCACGACACAACGACCAAGCCAUCUCGCAUAAGAUGAUUGAAAGAAUAUUCUCAGGAACAGUAACAAGGGACAGACGGGUGCAUAAGGAGGGCAAGCUGAGUUAUGCCGAUUUCGUCUGGUUCCUCAUCUCUGAGGAAGACAAGAAGACCGACACCAGUAUAGAGUACUGGUUCCGCUGCAUGGACCUGGACGGGGACGGGGUGCUCAGCAUGUACGAGCUGGAGCACUUCUACGAGGAGCAGUGUCAGAAGCUGGAGACCAUGGCCAUCGAGCCCCUUCCCUUCGAGGACUGCCUCUGCCAAAUGCUCGACCUCGUCAAGCCGGAGGUCGAAGGUAAGAUCACGCUGCGGGACCUGAAGAGAUGCAAGUUGUCCCACAUCUUCUUCGACACUUUCUUCAACAUCGAGAAAUACCUGGACCACGAGCAGAGGGACCCGUUCGCUGCUAUAAGGGAGCUGGAAACAGACGGACAGGAGAUAACAGACUGGGAGAAAUACGCUGCAGAGGAGUACGACAUCCUGGUGGCAGAGGAGGCAGCCAACGAUCAGUGCAACGAUGUGUAUGACAACCCGCUGAGCCCCUUAGGGCAGCACAUCUCCACGGAUCUGGGUCUGACAAAGAGACACUUCUUCGAGAUUCCCAGUCCACACUGCAAUCUGGACCUGGACGAGUACGAGUAUGAGGAUGACCUCGAAUGACCUUCGAUCCCGGGUGCGUUUUCUCACGCUCCUGCUGCAGCGACCCGAGCUUCCGGAAGCAGGUCUCAAACAGUCUCUCUGCUCACAAGGACACGCUUACAAAACAGAGCAAAAACCGAGGACACAGUCGGAGCACUGGUGGAGGUCGGACCUGCUGCAGGAACAGACACGUGGGAGGAAGAGGAGAUGUGAAGUGGCCGUUCUUCAUAAUACUGUACCAGAUGGUUUAUUAUUCUCAGCUGUUAUUUAAAAAAAACUUGCCAAACUUGUCAUAGGAGGAAAGAUUUGAGAGCUUUCGGUGACACGUGCUGAACCAUGGUGGCGAUGUGCUGUGACCGAAAAAACACAUGAUCUCCACAAAGGAAUAAAUAAUAAUUAAUAAGUCCAGCACACGUUUGGCAGAACCUGAAAAGGGGUUUUUAGUGAAUGUAAAAAAUAAAGGCCGCUGUAAAGGGAGCUCUUCUACCCCACAGCUCCUGAAACACCUCGUCAGCAGUGAAUGUUAACUGGUCUGUAUUUAUACCGAGUUUUUCUAGUCCUGAUCACCACUCAAAGUGCUUUACAGUGUAUUGCCAUUCACCCAUUCACAUUCAUACAGUGCCUCUAGGGGCAGCACUUUUCUUUCUAUGAGGGGCAAUUUGGGGUUCAGUGUGUUUCCCAAAGACAUUUGGGCAUGCGGGUGGGGAAGACUGGGAUCAAACCACCGAUCUUCUGGUUAGAGGAUGAACGCUCUACCCCCUCACCUGAUACUUCCAGGAAAUUGUGAUGUCACCCCUAACAAAGCGAGAACAGAGGCCGACAUUUUGAUAAUGACCCGGAAGUUGUUGACCGAUCCCAGCAGAACCAGCCGGUCAAUCAGAGCAGACUGGGCUUUAUUGGGAGGGGAGGCCUUAAAGGGACGGGAGCUAAAACAGACAGAGGCUGAAGAGAGGAGCUGCAGCAGUGGACAGUAUGAGGAUGUGUUUUCUGAAGAUUAGAGCAUGUGAACAAGUAUUAACCCAAAUUAAAAUCGUGAACCUGAAUAUGAGCAGAAUAUGUCUCCGUGGAAACAGGAAAAGUUGCAUGUAAAAGUUUUGUACCAGUAUUGUUUGGAGCGAGUGACGUUUUAUCCGACCACCUGCAUUAUGUUUUCACAUGAGCUACUUCCCCUUCUUUACACACUGGACGGUCCGGAAUCUGAUUCAGGCUUUUAAAUAAUCAUCAUCUGCAGUCAUCGGCUAAUUUUACAUUCCAGUGAUCAUAACUGAAUGUUUUCUAUGAGGCUGUUAAUUCAUUCAUGGUUCGUUUGAGGUGAACGAGCCGCCACCGAGCCCGCUGCGUGCACACACACACACACACACGUUGUUCAGACGGCCAAACACACUGUAUGUUGUACAGCUCUGUAUUUACUAUGACUUACUGUAUGUGUGAGAUGGGGUUUUAAAUUAUUAUAGAUGAAUUUAUAAAUAACUGUAAAUAUGUAUCUGGUGCUUGCCGUGUUGUAAAUGAUUUGGACGAAUGUUAUAGACAGAUUCUUUUUUCUAUGUUUUAAAGUACUGAGUUGUACUUUGACAGAACAAAAGGAACCAAUUUUAAAAUGUUUUGUUUUUCUUUAAAUUAAUAAUAAAGCCUUGG